AUGGCCCCCAAAGACGCCUCCCAAUGGCCCCCAGCAGCACUCCACGAAAGCGCCAUAGAGUCCGGUUCUAACCACGAUGUUGCCGAUGCGAUCCUGGAGAACCUGGGCUACACCCCCGAGCUGUCUCGAAACCGAUCCACCUGGAACGUCGUGUUCAUGUCCUUUAUCCUCGCCUCCGUCCCCUACGGUCUCUCCACCACCUUCUACUAUGCCCUGGCCGGCGGCGGUCCCGCGAAUAUCAUCUGGGGCUGGGUCCUCGUAUCCCUGAUCAUCCUGUGUGUAGCGGCCUCGCUGGCCGAGAUCACCUCGGUGUUCCCCACGGCUGGCGGUGUCUACUACCAGACCUUCGUUCUCUCGCCCGUCUGGUGUCGCCGUAUCUCGUCCUGGGUCUGCGGUUGGGCCUACGUUGCCGGGCAGAUCAUGAUCACCCUCGCCGUGAACUUUGGGUCAACCCAACUGUUCAUUUCCUGCCUGAAUGUCUUCCCCGGAAAGGAAGAAGGCAUGGGCCUGACCGACAACUGGGGCGCCUGGGAGACCUACGUGAUCUUCCUUGCGGUUACUCUUGUUUGCCAUGCGGUCCCGGCUUUUGGAAAUAGGUGGCUCCCUUGGUUGGAGUCUUUUGCCAUCUUCUGGACUCUGGCUGGUGUUAUUGCCAUUGACGUCUGUCUCCUGGUUCUUGCCAGAGAGGGCAGACGCAACGCCAAAUGGGUGUUUGGCCACUUUGAGCCCCAGACCGGAUGGCCGGCUGGCUGGUCUUUCUGUAUUGGUCUCUUGCAAGCUGCCUAUGCGACUUCGUCCACGGGAAUGAUCAUCACAAUGUGCGAGGAGGUCCGUCAACCAGCCAUCCAAGUGCCCAAGGCCAUGGUCGGAACCAUCUGUAUCAACCUCUUCGCCGGUCUGGUCUUCCUCAUCCCCGUCGUCUUCGUCAUGCCCGACUUGGCCUACCUGGCCAACCUUGCAUCCGGCCAGCCCGUCCCGGCCAUCUUCGCCUCAGCCAUCGGAAACUCCGUCGGAGCGUUCCUGCUCCUCCUCCCGCUCCUCAUCCUGGGUCUUAUCUGCGGUAUUGGCUGUGUCACUGCGACGUCCCGCUGCACAUGGGCGUUCGCUCGUGACGGUGCUAUUCCCGGAUCCCAAUGGUGGCGCACCGUGAACAAGAAGCUCGACGUUCCCCUCAACGCCAUGACGCUGGGUAUGGUUAUCGAGCUGCUGUUUGGCUUGAUCUACUUCGGCUCCACCGCUGCGUACAACGCCUUCUCCGGUGUUGGUGUCAUCCUCCUCACGCUCAGCUACGCCUGCCCAAUCGCUGUCUCAUUGAUCCUCCGAAAACGGGAAGACAUCAAGCACGGCAACUUCGAUCUCGGCGCCCUCGGCGUCUUCUGCAACAUCGUUGCCCUUCUGUGGACCGUCAUUGCCAUCCCCCUCUUCAGCAUGCCGACGCUCAUGGAAGUCACCCCCGACACCAUGAACUACGCCUCUGUCGUCUUCGUCGGCUUCGUCGCCAUGUCUGCAGUCUGGUACUGGGUAUGGGGACACAAGAACUACGUUGGCCCUCCAACUGACGCGGUCGACCCCGAGGUCGACCGCACGUCAACGCCGUCGGAUACCCCGGCCAAAACAACGACGCCGAAGAAUCUUUAA